CAAAGGAAGAGCGCCUCUCCUCUCUCGGUUCAUCUACUCUCGCACGUUCGUGGUGAUCUCCCCGGCCCCCAACUCCCAAGAACCAUCCAAAACCCUCUGGGGGGAGGUAUCCUCUUCCGCUACUAGAGUUUCUUCGCCGAGCAGGAGCAGGAGGAGGAGGAAAUUUGGUAGCGGAGCUUGUGGCAGUGGACAUGGAAUGCUUAGGCCGCGCGAACUCCGCAGCGAUCUCCGUCCACUUCGACGAAUGGAGGUUCCGAAGGAGGAAGGUGGCGGCGUACGGGAAACAGCUCCCCCCCCGCCAGCGGCGCCGCUCGCUUGCCCGGAUCCGGGUGCGCGCCGCGGGAGGGGGCGUGGACAGCUGUGUCGCCACCGGGAUCGAGGAGUUCGCGGAUGAGGAAGAUUUCGUCAAGGCGGGCGGGAGCGAGCGGCUCUUCGUUCGAAUGCAGGAAAGAAAGCCCAUGGAGAAGCAGAGCAAAAUCGCCGAAAAGCUGUCACCUAUAUCUUCAGCGGCUUCUACAUUGGAUUUGAUCGUAAUUGGUUGUGGUCCAGCUGGUCUUUCUCUUGCUGCAGAAUCUGCCAAGAAAGGAUUGCAAGUUGGUCUUAUUGGACCAGAUCUUCCAUUCACAAAUAAUUAUGGUGUAUGGGAAGAUGAAUUCAAGGAUCUUGGCUUAGAGAGCUGUAUUGAGCAUGUUUGGCACGAUACAAUUGUGUAUCUUGAUAGCAAUGAUCCAAUUUUAAUUGGCCGUGCAUAUGGUAGGGUUAGUCGACACCUGUUGCAUGAAGAGUUGUUGAGAAGGUGUCAGGAAUAUGGUGUAAUGUAUCUUGAUUCAAAGGUGGAAAAGAUUAUUGAAGCAAGUAAUGGAUGUAGCAUGGUUGUUUGUGAAAAAGACCUUAUGAUUCCUUGCAGGCUUGCUACUGUUGCAUCUGGCGCAGCAUCCGGAAAGCUUCUCGAAUAUGAUGUAGGAGGUCCUCGUGUUUCGGUACAGACAGCAUAUGGAGUGGAAGUUGAGGUGGAAAACAAUCCAUAUGAUCCCAGCUUAAUGGUUUUCAUGGACUACAGAGACUAUGUGAAAAACAAACAAAAAUGUCCUGAAGCAGAGUACCCCACAUUUCUUUAUGCAAUGCCCAUGUCAUCUACAAGAGUCUUUUUCGAGGAAACAUGUUUAGCAUCAAGAAAUGCCAUGCCCUUUGAUCUUCUCAAGAGGAAGCUCAUGUCUCGGUUGGACACUAUGGGAAUUAAAGUAUUGAAAGUCUAUGAAGAGGAAUGGUCCUAUAUUCCUGUUGGUGGAUCAUUGCCAAACACAGAGCAGAAGAACCUUGCAUUUGGUGCUGCAGCUAGCAUGGUGCAUCCAGCUACAGGAUAUUCAGUUGUUCGGUCCUUGUCAGAAGCUCCAACUUAUGCUUCCGUGAUAGCAACUAUUUUGAAGAAAGAAAUCUUUCCUGACCAGAAUUCAAUGAUAUCAAAUAUCAAUAAUCCCUCAAUGCUAGCAUGGAGAACCCUUUGGCCACAGGAAAGGAAACGGCAAAGAUCAUUCUUCCUCUUUGGGCUAGCACUAAUACUGCAGCUGGAUAUUGAGGGCAUCAGAACCUUCUUCCAGGCAUUCUUCCAGUUACCAAACUGGAUGUGGCAAGGCUUUCUUGGUUCCUCACUUUCGUCUGUGGACCUAAUAUGGUUUGCCUUCUACAUGUUUGCCGUAGCCCCAAACAGCAUGAGAAUGUCUCUUGUCAGACAUCUGCUCUCCGAUCCUACUGGCGCAACCAUGUUGAAGACAUACCUCACACUGUAAAUCCUCUUAAGAUUCACAGCUAUCUUAAGUUUUGAUUAUUGUACAUAUCAUCCCGGAGACUAAGUUAUGUUCUGUUUGGUGUCGUUACCUUUGCAUGAAUAGCAUAGUAGUGAGAUUCUUAGAUGCAGCAGAGCAGGAGGUAUUGUGAAGGAAGUUUACCAAUAAAUGUUAUGAUAUCUACCAGCUUUUACAGGUCUAAA